CAUGGUAUCGUGUUUCAUCGUUUCACGUUAUACCGAAUACUGGAUACAAACAUUUUUCAAUGGAAUGAUAGGCGUGUCACUAGAUCAGACAAAUGUGUGCUAGCACUGACAGCAUAUCAUCAACGCACUUGUUGCAGCUAAACAGUUAAAGAAGAAGACGAAACUUCAAAACUUACUUAAGGCCUUGGGUGUGAUUUUAAUAACAUCUGACAUAAAAUGGCAGAAGAGUGCAACGAUGUUAAGUCUGCAGGUCCAUCUUCCCCAAGAAGUCCACAGAAUAAUGGUACAGGGGGAAAACCAAGCAGUCCUCAUUCUCCUAGGCAACCAAGGCAUGUGAAGCUAACACAACAGCAAUUGGACAGCAUGUCAAAGGACGAGCUAGCAGCCAAGUGGCAUGAACAGGACUUAUAUGUGGAGUGUCUAGAGGCCCAGGCGGCAGCUCAGGAAGGUGAGCUAUCUUCAUUGAGAGAAUCUGAAAGCAAGUAUAGACAACAACAUGCAGAAGCAUCUCAUAGAGAGAAGAUUUUAGUCAGAAGACUUGCUUCUAAAGAACAAGAAUUGCAAGAAUAUAUUAAUCAGAUUGCUGAAAUGAAAGCUGCUCAUGCUCCAUCUGCUGUGGCAUUAAGAUCUGCUUUAUUAGAUCCAGCUGUUAAUAUUUUAAUUCAGAAAUUAAGACAAGAACUUGUUACAACUAAAGCUAAAUUAGAGGAUACUCAGAACGAACUUAGUGCCUGGAAAUUUACACCAGAUAGCAAUACAGGUAAAAGAUUAAUGGCAAAAUGCAGAUUAUUAUAUCAAGAAAAUGAAGAAUUAGGACGUAUGAUCGCUAGCGGACGAAUUGCUAAGUUGGAAGGAGAUCUUGCCCUUCAAAGAAGUUUCAGUGAAGAAAUGAAAAAAUCACAAUCAGAAUUGGAUGAAUUUUUGCAAGAUUUAGAUGAGGACGUUGAAGGAAUGCAGAGCACAAUUUAUUUCUUGCAACAAGAGCUGCGUAAAGCUCGCGAAUCAGUCACGUUGUUGCAGCAUGAAAAUGCAGCCCUAAAAGCAAAUUCGAGUGAAAACAAUUUAACAAAUGGUUUAUCCCCUCACACGCCACCAAUUAAAAAGGAGGAAUUGGAGGAGAAUUCAAUUCCGGAAAUAAAGACUUCAAAAUCUAUGGAGGAUAGUGAUGUGUGCAAAGGUGCUAGGACUCCACCGUUAUCAUCGCAACGAUCUCCUCAGUGUGAUUUCUCAAAUACUGAAAGAACAGAACGGGUUGAACGAAAACCCAUUCAAGCAGAUCAUAAUGAUGAAAGCUCAAGUGAUUCGGCUGCUUUAAUUAUCAAAGUUGAGAAUGAGGAAUUAAGUGAUAGGGAAGAAGAACACGAAGAAAAUCGAAAUAAUAAAAGGAUAUUGCGAAGCAAAAGUCAUAAUAGAAAUAACAAUAAAACUAAUGGGGAAGAGGUACUAACUAGAAUAACUAGGGGUAGGGAUAGGACCAAAAGGGACAAAAGUGCACCAGGUAGUGACGACGAAAGGACACACAAGAAAAAAAGAAGAGAGAGUAUUCUUUCUCUUGAUUAUAAUGAAGCUGAUGAUGAUGCGCUAGUUCUAACUAAUGGUGAGACACUUCAGAGCGAUCCAGAAUGAACAGUUUUCUAGAACGAUUUUAUAUACAAAACACGUGUUACAUAUGAACAGAGCUUAACGUGACUUAAUACACAACAUAAGUUGAAUCUAAUAUUUCAUAUUUAAGAAUUAUAACAUGGAAACACAUUAUGAGAAAUAUUGUUUCUAAUGGUUUUGUAUAAUUUUUCAUGACGUGUGACCGUUAAAAUAUCUCUUAUUUGAAUGUUUUACAGUCACGUUAAUGCCAGAAAAACUGCACUUGAUUACAUAUGAUUAUAUGUACACAAAAUAACGUGGCGUUGGAA